CAAGCUCCUACAAGCCGCCUAUAAACAGCCUCCCGGGCCCACCCAGCCCGCCGGCCAUUGCUCAUUGGACUUAAAACCAGGAUUUUCCGAUAACAAAGCCCCUCGUCGCCACAAAACAUCCCACCAUCCGUCCAUUCGCAUUUAAAUCCACAUCGUCCAUCCGUCAUCCAACCAACCAACCGACCAACACACCAACAUCACAACGAGACUCUUCCCAUUCAUCCGCACACACUGCGCCCCCUCUCAACCCGUACACCGCAGAAAACAACCAGAAUCUCUAUUGCAAAGCGUCGCGCUCGACAGCGAGUGGCCUUGUCAACAUGCCUAAGAAUAAGGGAAAGGGAGGAAAGAAUCGAAGAAGGGGUAAGAACGAGAGCGACAAGGAGAAGCGAGAACUUGUCUUCAAGGAGGAGGGCCAAGAGUAUGCCCAGGUAGUCAAGAUGCUUGGUAGCGGCCGCCUCUCAUGCUCUUGCUUCGACGGGCAGACGCGUCUUGCCCACAUUCGUGGCAAGCUACGCAAGAAGGUCUGGAUCAAUAACGGCGACAUCAUACUACUCUCGCUCCGUGACUACCAAGACGACAAGGGCGAUGUUCUCAUCAAAUACACAGCUGACGAAGCCCGAACACUGAAAUCCUACGGUGAACUUCCGGAGAGCGCUAGAAUCAAUGAGACCGAUACUUACGGUCCCGGCGACGAGGGCGAAUGCAACUUCGAUUUCGCCGACGACCGGGAAUCCGACGACGACGAAUCGGACUCUGGCAACAACAAGGAGAUUGAGAUCGAUGACAUCUAAACCAGCCGCCAACUUCUUCCCCUUUACGCUACUACUUGCAUACCUUGUGGGCCUGAGAGCAUAAUUUAUCAUCAACAAUGGGGGUUCAAGCUGGGGGGGAAAGUGCCCAUUUGGGGGCGGGUUUACAAGUACUGUCCGUCUAUCUCAUCAGUACUCGCCAGCUCAUCCCCUCCAUCACGGCCACGAAAUAUGCGAUAAGGCGGCCAUAACGGCAGAAAGUAUUACGAGUAACGAGGGGGCUACCAUCCCUCUGAAACCGAGGAAUUAUUUCUAUCACAAGAUUCCUCGGUUGGGAUACCCUGGGAGCCUUCGAGCCUGUCUUCUCUCUCUAACCCACGCAACGGUCGUUCGUGUGGGUUCCCCGACAGCAACUUAGACGGUGUAGGCGUUUGAUAGGAGCCGCUUCUACGCUUGUAAUUUGGAAGGAUAUCGAGUCCAUGGCGGGAGAGACGUCAUUCAACUCGUCGCGAGGGUUUUCGUUUUCAUCAUCGUCUUUUCUUUUUCUCUGCAUAACUCUGUCGAACUUUCCGUAUCCUAGGUUGUCGUUAGUCAUGAAUAUGGAAAUGCAUUCUCUCAGUA